AUGAGCCUUGAAAAUACCACAGUCCAGACAUUUAGACGUCUAUUUACUCGCCGUCGAUCUUGUAUACUAUUUAUUAUCUUCAUAUGGUUCAUCUUUUAUCACCUUCCAGGUCCCCCUGCCACCCAAAAUAAUACUCGCGCAGAUCGACCACCCCCAGAGCAUCAAAUAGAGGAUACGGCACAAUUUCUUUUCCGCUCUCCCUUUCGAAAAGAUCCGGAUGUUGAAUAUGAAAAGCAGCUAUCAAAUGCCCUGGACAGGAUUGAAAAGGCUGUAUUGGCACAAAGUCACGAAAGCAACAUACCUCAAGAUAGAAUCUGGCAGAUAGCGAAAGAUCAAAGGCACAGGGGGGAUGACUCAAUAAUAUUUCGACAUAAAAAUAGAGAAUGGGCAUAUAAUUUAGCCACUGAUGAAAUGGCCCUUGAAUUUGUCGAAAGUGAACUAUCCUCCAUCCCCGAAAUUGCAACUGUUUACAAAUCCUACCCUCACAGCAUCCUCCGAGCGGACCUCCUCAGAUACCUCCUUCUCUGGUACUACGGAGGCUUCUACGCAGACAUAGAUGUCUUCCCCGCUCGAACAAUCAAGAACUGUCCGGCCCUAGAGCCCUUCUUUGCACCCACACCCGACGGAUACACCAAAUACGCCCAUCCUGAUGUAUCGCUCGUUGUCGGAAUUGAAGUCGACGAGCCAUAUGCUUCACCACAAUACAUGCGCGACUGGCACUGGACAAGGAGCUACGGACUGAUCCAGUAUACCAUGUAUGCGCCGCGACGGUUCAGUCCGCUUCUCCGUGAAACCAUCGUGCGGGUCUUAUCGCAUACUAGACAAUACAAUAGGGAACAUAAAAGUUUCUUUCCUAGUCUUACGUACGACGAGAAGGCUAUAUUGGGAGUUACCGGGCCUGAUGUCUUCACAGAUGCUAUUCUUGAUACACUUUCCUCUUCGCUUCCUGAGACACAUCCGUUCAUUGAACAGUCUAUCAAAGCGGAUGUGGAUAUAGGGGAUCUCGCCCAUAAUGUAACUGGGAAGUUGAAUAAACGGGUUACGUGGGCUCCGUUUCAUAGACUCAGUGAUCCUGUCUGCAUUCAGGCUGGUGAGGCUGCCCCGAAUAAAUCAAUGGGUGGACUGUGUGUCUUGCCGAUUAGUGUUUGGGGGAAUGGGCAGAGACAUAGUCAGGCGGGAGGGUUUGGUCAUCAUAGUGCGUGUGUCAAUCAUCGGUUUGGGAGGACGUGGAAGAAGGGGUGGGGGGAGUAUAUAUUUGGGUGA